AGAUUCCACAUUCUUCAAAGGUCAGCGUUAGUGAUAUUCACAGACAGACCAGUGGCUCAGCAAGACGGGAUCAUGGCCUCCUCAGCACUGAAUUGCACACAUUUUAUGUUGUGUUUUAUUUAUUGUUCGUUACUUUUUGGUAAUAUAUUUUGCGAUGCUGAUUCUGAAGAAGAUGAACAUGCCAAGCAUACGUAUACAGUGGAUAUGUUCAACGAUGCUGUCCCAACCGCUCCCCACUUUGUCAUGUUCUUCGCCCCUUGGUGUGGUCACUGUCAGAGGCUACAGGGGACAUGGAACGAGAUGGGGGACAAAUACAACAACAUGGAGUCGCCGCCCGCCUACGUCGUAAAGUUUGACUGCACUCAGGAUGUUAAGUUCUGCUCCAAUGUCCACGGCGUCAGGGGCUACCCCACGCUGAAGCUGUUCAAACCUGAGCAGGAGGCUGUGAAGUACCAAGGCCCCAGGGACCUGCAGUCUCUGGAGACCUGGAUGCUCAACACAUUGCAGGACGAGCCUGUGGAGCCAGAGACUGAACUGGAGCCUCCCAAAGCCCCGGAGCCCAAGCAAGGCCUGUUUGAUCUCACUGCCGGCAACUUCAAGGCCCACAUCGCUAAAGGGUCCCACUUUGUCAAGUUCUUUGCCCCCUGGUGCGGUCACUGUAAGGCCAUGGCCCCGACCUGGGAGCAGCUGGCCACCAGCUUCGAGUACUCAGACAACAUCAAGAUCGGCAAGGUGGACUGUACCCAGCACUAUGACGUGUGCUCUGAGAACGCUGUGCGUGGCUACCCCACACUGCUCUUCUUCAAGGACGGAGAGAAGGCGGACCAGUACAGAGGCAAGCGGGACCUGGACUCUCUGAAGGACUUUGUGGACAACCAGGUCAAGGCUGCUGCUGCUGUUAAGGAGGAUGAUGAACACCCACAUGCCAACGAGAUCCCAGUACCCAGCGAUGAGCCCGCCAAAGAGGAGUCUGGCGUAGUUACACUCACAGAGGCCAACUUUGACGAGACAGUGGCCAAGGGGCUGGUAUUCAUCAAGUUCUAUGCGCCAUGGUGUGGCCACUGUAAGAGUCUGGCACCUACCUGGGAGGACCUGUCUAAGAARGAGUUCCCUGGCCUGACUGAUGUCAAGAUUGGCAAAGUGGACUGCACAGUGGAGAGGACGAUCUGCAACAAGUUUUCAGUGAGUGGGUACCCCACCCUGCUGAUGUUCAGGGCGGGUGUGCAAGGUGAGGAGCAUCAUGGAGGGCGCGACUUGGAGAGCCUGCACGGCUUUGUGAUGAAGCAGGCCCGAGACGAGCUGUAGCACUAUCCAAUCAACAUCCGUCGUUACUUCUUUCCUCCCCCACACACCUCUCUCCCAUAGAGGCUAGCUCUCUUCUCUCUCUGAUCGUUUUCCUUUCAGAAAGCAGUAGAAUCAACAGACCCCCUUUUUUUUCCCUUUUUUUUUUCCUCUCUGUAAUGCCUUGUUUACCCCCUUUGUUUCUGUUAUAAUCGAAUAGUUUGUGUGACUGUAUUCGUUUGGGCUGCCUAGUCCCACUCUUCCUCUGGAAAUGAAAUGAUGUGAUCGACAACCACUUUUUGCCAGCGGUACUUAAUCAGUCAGACCUUGACAAUGCAUACCGUGAUAGUCAUCCCAACGCUUGACACAACUCAAGGACAGUCGUCGUAUAUGGUGCCUGCCGGUUGUAUCAAAAAACGUUGGAUUAACCUGCCUUAGUUUGUCUGAAAUUUCAAUAACCUUAUUUUUGGUGAUUUAAGGAAAUCAUGCUGAUAAAUCACGAGGCACUUAUGUAAUUGUUACUGCAGCGAAGAGGUCAAAGCCGUGUGACGUUGAGCGUUAAGUUGACGGUACUUCUCAUCCAUGCCAGUAAUGGCCUAACUAACUUAACUCUCAGGGACACCCAGUUCUCGGCCUACUCCAUACUAUCUUAUCAACUAUAUUUGUAUCCCACGUAUGUUUUUGUAGAGUCCCCCCAACUGCUUGUUGGCUAUGUCGGGGAAGGCUGCAGGAAACUACUUUUCAGUGUUUCGUGUCAAACUGCCCUUUUUGUGUGUUCUUCUGACAUCGUAAAUGUGCUACAAAAAGUCUGAAUGUAGACCUAUUUUUUUUUCUUCUAUAUACGUUUGUGCUGUGAGGCUUCAGUUCGGUCCCGCCACGGCCCAAUAUCAGGCGCCGUGUUGGUGUUAUCACCGUUUUUAUAAACAAUGAUUGUGAUCGUCAGUUUCUACACUCAAGUCAUGCCUUUUGAAUGGAAUCUACCAGUUUGGGUCAUUACAGGAAAACUGUAUUAGUCAUUAGUCCAUGUUUGACAAAGUCCCUCAAAUGGUUUGCAAGGGAUUGUGUCAUAUGUACAAAAAAAAAGUAUAUAUUUAAAAAUGGUUUUGUACGGCUAGUUCAUUAGAAUGAAUAUGUUCUUGUGUAAAUGCAAUAGAUUUCACAAAGCUUAUUUAAUAUUCUGUUCUAUAGACUAAGCGUCUAUCAGGCACCAGUGUAAAACAUUCUCCCAGUGAAGCACAAGAAUGCCACAACAUUAGUGCUACGGUCACUUUUACUUUGGGUUUAUCUACCUUUGAAAACAAUUUGGAAUGUUUGGUUUACCACGUAUGCUUGGAAGAGCAAAAAUAGAAUACCAAAAAAA